AUGGCUUUGAGCCCUCGCCCCGGCCUUUGGGCCACGUGCUCCCAAGCCCUUGAAACGGCUUCCGUGUCUAUGGCCGACCCACUGGUUCAGCAGCAGGCUGCAGAGGGUGCGGUGCUUCGAGCUGGGGCCGCGUUCGUGGCCUACCCGCUGGACGUUUUGAAGACGCAGGUUCAGUCGGGGCACCCGCGAUACAGUCGGCUCUCCAGUCUUCCCUGCUUGAUGAAGGACUACAAGCUGCGGAUCUUUCGAGGCUACCCCGGUGUGGGGGCGAACUCCUUCAUCAUGGGGGCUCUGAUGUUCGGCGGCUACCGGUUCUUCGACAACUUUUGGGCCUUGAACAAUGUGCCGGACUACUGGCGACCAGCGCUGGCAGGUGCCAGCAUCGGGUCAUUGUGCGGCUUCGUUGCGACACCACUGGAACAGAUCAAAACCAUCAUGGCCCUGCAAGAAUCCUGGUUGAAGGAGAAGAAGAUCAAAACCAGGAUCUACUCAUCCGUUCUGCAGGGAGCCUAUGAGGCUCCUUUGAGGCUUAAGUUCUACGCAGCGACUCCCUUGGUGAUCCGCACCUCCCUCUUCGAUGGUCAGCUGUUCUUCUACAACAGCCGGCUCAGGGAGUGGGUCUCCCAGGACGGAGUCGCCUGCUCCUCUGGCACGCGGUUCUUUGUCAGCACCGUGGGCUUCAUGUUCGCCGGCCUCAUCGCGGCCACGGUGAACUAUCCUUUUGACCGGGUCAAGGGGCUGAUGAUGGGAGAGGCAUACCAGGCCUCCACCGGCGAGGUGGCGCAGCACUCCACCCUAGGCACCUUCCGGUCCAUCUGCCAGAAGCACGGGAUCCUCGGGCUCUUCCGCGGCCUUCCUACCAGGUCCAUGUUGCACGGUGUGGUUUGGUGCUGCGUGGGUUUGGGGCGCGAGGUCCUCGCCAGCAAGAUUUCUUCACUCUCGGUCCUCUUUGUCUACUACCUUAGGUGGCCCUUCUACUUCUUCUAUGCAGGAUCUCUGCUGCAGUCCUUCGUUCCGACCGGAGUUCUCUUCAAUAUCUGGGCCAUGGACAUGACCGACGAGGGUGUGGCGCCAGAGAGCACUUCCGACAUGUCCUACUGGGAGUGCUGCAAAAGACUCAUCCAAGACCCUACAUCGCGGACAGUGCUGAUCCUCGUGCUCGUAAGCAGCGCGGUGACGCGAGGCACUGCAGAUGUCAGCGGCCAAUACAACAAGAACGUCUUUGGGAUGACCUCGAGGCUCCGGGCCACUUUCACCUUGAUUGGGGUGGCCAGUGGCCUCUUCUGUAACCUGGUCCUCCUCAAACUGAUGAAGACAAGGCUGAGCACCAAGAGGCAAGUGCUGAUCUCGAUGUCCGCCGGCAUGGUGAGCGUCUUCCUGAACUUGGUCGCGCGAUCCCUGGGCCCUCUUUACGUGGCGACGGCCCUGACUGGCCUAACGAGCCUUUUGGGGACUUUCGUCAACGUGCUGAAGGUCAAUGUGGCGCAAACGUCCGGAAUGCCUGCUGGUGCCGUCGUAGGUCUCUUUGAGUCAGCGAGUGAGCUCAUGGCUCUGGUCGGGCCGCCCUUCUUUACCGCCAAGAAGAUGGCGGCGCUGGAGCGGCGCAUGCGAGAGGAGAUGCGCGGCCAGCUUUCCUCGCUGUACCUGCGCCUUCAGAUGGUCGAAGAGAAGAUGAGGAUCGAAACUGCAGCAUGCCCACAGGCCGAUCGAAUUGACGUCGCGGAGGAGUUGGUCCUCCCGGGGAGUGUGAUGCAUGCUGUCGUCCCAAGCACCGUCGUGGACGCCAAGAGCCAGAAGGGCGACAUCGCACCCAGGACACCUGUGUUUGAGCCACAUAUCGGCGAGAUGGAGGAGGAAGACCAGGACGAGGAGCCCAUCCCCUUUGCGGAAACUGUUUGGAACGUCGUUCUGGUCCUGGGAUCCACGGGCGCCGGGUGGAUUGACCUUUGUCUGACGAUGCUCCUUGCAGUUGGGAGUAUCAUGUUACAGUUCCUCUUUGUUUUUGUCCUCGUCAGCGAAGACUUCCUCGGCGGGAGCUUCGAUGCCGAGAUCGCUGCGGCGAGAACAUGGAGGGCAAGCAUCGCCCACGACGCGAAGUACAGAGAUCUCUCGGGGACCAGUUUGGCCUCCCGCGUCUGCAACGGAGACUGGGCUCUUGUCAAAGAGUCUUAUUUAAGUUACCUUUAUUUAAGUUACCAUAAUAAGGAAACCGUAUUAUUUACUAUAGAUCCCUGCUAUGUAAACUAUGGCACCCUUACUCAGGAAACCAUACCAUUUCAUUAUUACAGACCUCAAUAA